AUGGCUGACGACGAUAACUUCGACAUUGACAUCUAUGGCGAUGAUGAGCAAGAUCUCAAGCCGGAACCGCAGCCUAAAGAAGAGCAGAAACAGCAUGAUACCGAAACCAGUCCAGAACUUGACGGAACCGACUAUGCUCAACAAGUCAACGAACCAGAGACUGAGCCUCCAAUAGACAGCGAUGUCAAGUUGGAAGGUGACCCCGACGAGAUGAAGGUUCAGUAUGAGCAGAGUCAUGGAGCCGCCGACUCAAGCGGUCUGCAGGAGCAGCAGCAGAUCCAUAGCACUACUGGCUCAUCAGCAGACCAGUACAACGUACCGAAGCAGGCACCCACCGAACAGGGCACCAAGCGCAAAGAAGGAGAAGACAGCCGUGAGGUUGACCCUGGAGCCACAUCAGCAUUGAGGCUAGGCGAGCUCCAGUGGUGGAUCAGUGAAGAUGACAUCCGAGGCUGGGCCAACCAAUGUGGUUGUGAAGAUGAGCUGAAGGAAGUGACCUUUAAUGAGCACAAAGUCAAUGGAAAAAGCAAGGGUGAAGCGUUUGUUGAGCUCGCAUCGCCGCAGGCGGCGACGGCACUCAAACAUCGCAUCGACUCUUUCGGCGCAGACCAGCAAUAUGUGAAGAAGCACACAUGCAUCUACGUCCGUCCAGACUACAAUCCCUUCAAGACCUCACCCAAAGAUGCUCCUCAGCGCGGCAAAGUCGCUACGCCCGGUGCAUAUAACAAUGGACCUGCUUUUCAGCAGUCCAGUGGUUUCCGCGGCGGACGCGGAGGAUACACCCGUGGCGGUAUGAACAACAUGAAUACCGGCAUGAACAUGGGUGGUAUGGGCCGCGGUGGCUUCAACAACCCUCAGAUGAACAUGAUGGGUGGUUUCAAUGGAGGAGCAAUGGCAGGAAACUUUAACAACAACAACAUGAUGGGCGGCUUCAACAAUAAUGCCAUGGGAGGCUUCAACAACCGUGGUGGUAUGAUGGGCGGCAACAUGCGUGGAGGUUUCCAGAACAACCGCGGCCGAGGCGGAAUGAUGAUGCCUAACAUGGGUAUGGGCAUGGGCAUGGGCAUGGGUAACAUGGGCAUGAAUAACAUGAACAAUAUGGGAGCUAUGGGUGCUAUGAAUAUGGGCAACAUGGGCAACAUGGGUAUGGGUAACUUCAGCAACAACACGCAAGGAGGCCACUUCAACCCAGGCUUCUUUGGAGCUGCAGCGAAUGGUAACGCAACGGGUGGCGGCAUGUCGCCCAAUGGUAACCCCCAUGGUGCCAAGAGACCACGACCAGAGUAG